GUCCACCUCCUUAAAUCCUCAAUCAUUGAACAUUUUUCUCUCACUAAAUUGUAUUUCCUCUCUCUACAAAUCUCUUGUUCCAUAUCUCUCUCUCUCUAUCAUUCCAAAUUCCCCACUAGAAAUAUUUGGUAUAUAGUUGAGUGCACAAUUGUGGUGGAGAAACAAAAAACCAAUCUCUUUGUUUCUUUCUUACAAUCUUUGUGUUUCUUCAAAGCUAUUUCCUACCAUACAUAUAAUACAAACUUUGUAUGAUUAUUAUAUAGAGAUUGAAGAAGAAAAAGAGAUUUAUUUUUUAGCCUAAAGUUUUUUUUUAUAAUGGUUUUCAUGUCUGAGAUUUUAAGCAUAAAAGAAGAAAAAAUUGAAGAAGAAGGUGAGUGGGAGAAAGAACGAUAAGCAAGAGUAGCAUAUAUACCCAGCAAGCAGAAGUAAAGAAAGAUUUAUUAUAAUCCAAUUCAUAUUGUUUUGAUCUGCUUCUGCUGGGUGAUUGAAAAUGUCUGCAACAAUGAUAAGUGAUCCAAUGAUUAUUUCAACACCAGAAACUCAAUCAACAACUAGUAGCAUACUAGUUGCACAGAGUGAAGUUGAAUUUGCAAUAUGUGAAUGCUGUGGACUAACAGAAGAGUGCACACCAGCAUACAUAGAAAGAAUCAGAGAAAGGUAUCAAGGAAAAUGGGUUUGUGGAUUAUGUGGUGAAGCUGUUAAAGAUGAAAUUGUAAGGUCAGAAAGACUUGUAAGCACAGAAGAAGCAAUGACAAAACAUAUGAACUUUUGCAAAAAAUUCAAUACUUCAGGUCCUCCUCCAAAUCCAGCAGUUCAUUUGAUUUCAGCUAUGAGACAGAUUCUUAGGAGGAGUUUGGUUAGGUCCACACCAAGUAGUCCUAUUAAUAAGACUACUAGAGAAAUUCAUGGUUCUGGACUUGCUAGGUCUGAAAGCUGCUUCUCUACUCUUUCUGGUUCUUGAUGGUAUCGGUUGGAAAAUCUAUGAAGCACUUACACAGACACAUGCCAAACACGUCACUGACACGUUGACACUGAUAAUUAUUUGAGAAAUUGAAUAAUUGAAUGUAACUACAUGUGUCAGUAUUGGACAUUGAAUACGUCUUGAAUCAGAAAUAUCGGUGCUACAUAGUCGGGAAUAGAACAAGAUGCAACAAAGGGAAUGUACUGUAUUUGGUUGGCAAAAAAUGGAAAUGUGGAAAAGAAUAAAGACAGAAAAAUCUUUAGCUUCAAGUUAAAGUCUCUCAAUUGUAGUUAUGCAUUACAUUACAUAACUUUCAAUCUGUUAAAAAAAUUUGAUUUGAACACAAUUUGCUCAAUUUUUUUGCUUCAA